AGUGUCUGUCGUGCUUGUCAAAAUGAGAAAGUGACCAUCAGCGCCUGGCUUGGUGUCAUCGUCACCGGAGCCUCCUGGAGCCAGCGCUCAGCCCAGCUGCAGCCGGAGGAGGAGGGAGGAGAAGCACAGCCUGAUCAGGGAUGCGUGAUAAUGAAGCUGACAUCCUCUCUUUAUUCCCAACCAACUGGAAAUCAUGUCAAAACCAAGCCAAAGCCUGAAGUGGGUUCUGCUGCCCUCACUCUGUGGCACCGCGACACAGAAGUUAUAGCAAUUUCUCUUUCUGCUUUCUGACAUGGACCGUGAUUAUGGGCAUGGAGGCUAUGGUGGCCCACGAUCCAUGGACUCUUACCUUAACCAAUCCUAUGGGAUGGAGAGCCAUGGAGGUGGAGGCGGAGGAGGUGGUGGUGGUGGUAACAGGUUUGGACCUUAUGAGUCUUACGACUCCGGGUCUUCUCUGGGUGGGCGAGAUCUGUACAGAUCUGGCUAUGGUUAUAAUGAACCCGAACAAAGCCGCUUCGGAGGUAGUUAUGGUGGUCGAUUUGACAACUCCUACCGGAAUAGCCUUGACUCUUUCGGAGGUAGAAACCAGGGCGGGUCUAGCUGGGAAGCACCUUACUCCCGUUCAAAAUUGAGGCCUGGGUUUAUGGAGGACAGAGGAAGAGAGAGUUACUCUUCCUACAGCAGUUUUUCUUCACCCCAUAUGAAGCCUGCACCUGUAGGCUCUCGGGGGAGAGGAACGCCUGCUUAUCCUGAAAGUGGAUUUGGAAGCAGAAACUAUGAUGCUUUUGGAGGACCAUCAACAGGCAGAGGCCGAGGCCGAGGACAUAUGGGAGACUUUGGAGGAAUGCACAGACCUGGAAUUGUUGUUGACUAUCAUAACAAACCCAGUCCUGCAGCAGCUGCUGCAAGAGGAAUAAAAAGAAAAAUGAUACCACAGCCAUAUAACAAACCUGGUGGGACAUUUAUCAAGAAACCCAAAAUGACAAAACCUAUUUUGAAGCUGACCCAGAAAAAAUCACCUAACAUGAAGUCAUCUUUCCAGGAUUCUACUAUAGAGGAAAUUGAAGUGGACACAAGUGGUGCAGUUGUCAUAUAUGAAGACUUUACAAGAGAUGCUUACGAUCUUGGAUAUCAGACUUUUGGAGAUGGCAAAGGAGAAGUUAAAAGUGAGGAAGAAGAAAAGCGGCGAAUUGAGGCCAGAAGAGAGAAGCAAAGGCGUAGAAGGGAAAAAAACAGUGAAAAAUACGGUGAUGGAUACAGAAUGGCCUUUACUUGCUCAUUUUGCAAAUUUCGAACAUUUGAAGAAAAAGAAAUUGAGGCACAUCUGGAGAGUGCAGCUCACCAGGAAACGUUGGAUCAUAUCCAGAAACAAACCAAAUUUGACAAAGUAGUGAUGGAGUUUCUUCAUGAGUGUAUGGUGAAUAAAUUCAAGAAGACAGCUAUGCGUAAGCAACAGACAAAUAACCAAACGGAAAAUGCUCAAGCUGCUGAAAAAGAUAUAAUGGAAGGGGUUACUGCUGAUGACCAUAUGAUGAAAGUUGAGACUGUUCACUGCAGUGCUUGCAGUGUGUAUGUUCCGGCCUUACACAGUUCUGUUCAGCAGCACUUAAAGUCUCCUGAUCACGCAAAAGGAAAACAAGCCUACAGAGAACAAAUAAAAAGGGAGAGUGUUCUUACUGCCACCAGUAUCUUGAAUAAUCCUAUAGUCAAGGCACGGUAUGAGCUGUAUGUGAAGGGUGAAAAUCCUUUUGAAAUUAAUGAUCAGGCUCAGGAGCAGCAGACAGAAGAAGAGGACAAAGCUGAUGAGCCAGUUGAGGGUGAGGAAGAAGAGGAAGAGGAAGAAGCAGAAGAAGCAGCAGAAGAAGCAGCAGCAGCAGAAGAAGCAGAAGAAGCAGAAGCGGAAGAAACUGAAGAACAAACUGACUUCACUUUAGACCACACUGAAGAUAACUAAGUGCAAGAAAAUGAAAAUAUGUUGGGGGGGCAAAACAGCUUUUUAUUUCUGCUCUAAAGUGGCCAAGACUUCUUAAUAGUCUGAAAUGAAGUUGUUGAAGAUUCCCCACCAUAUGCAUGCAUUCCAUUCCGUGGAGACCUUGUUUAUAUAAUUCCUCCGUGUUUCUGAUUUUGUUUAAAAUGAAAUUAAGACUAUUUUAGUUGAGCUUUUUAUAGCAAAGUGACUGUUAAAGCUGAUUAAAACAUUGUGUUGUAUAUUUUUUUAAGCAUCCUAUUUUUUUGGUGUGUGUAUUGAAAGUUGGGUAUAAUAAUUUUUGGUCUGAUCAGUUGAAAAGAUGUGGGACUGUGGGGUAAAUAUAUUAAAUGCUGUAUGGCGUAAGCUUAUAUUUACCUCUUAGUACAGAAUGAAUUUCAAAAAUUGUGCUGUUGAGUGUGGCUGUUUUGGGGGCUGCAUUGCACUCUGUAUAAUAGAGUAUGUGUUAUUAUAUGCCUUGUAGCUUUUUGUGAUAAGAUGUACCAGUUUGUAGCAAUAAAACACUUAAGAAAUGUUA